AUGUUGAUACCUCUAUCAUUCGGCUCAGCGCUGUUGGUUUUCGUAGCGACUUCGCAAGCAUUACCUUCCACUAUCAUCCCAGGAAGAUUUCUUGUCGAAUUCGAAGACCAUGCGGACCACACACUGUUUUCCCACCACCUCAAGCGCGACGGCCUAUCCGCUCACCGCAUCCUCACGACCGAAAGCGAGAUCUUUCGCGCCGCUUCCUACAAAAUCGACAUUAGUACUCUUGGUGAUGACCCACUCACCGUUCUUUCAUCGAUACCAGCAAUCAAGAAUAUUUGGCCGGUUGAGGUGGUGGAGAGGCCGGAUGAUGCUCUCGCGUGGAAAGGGAGUGAUCUGAAUACUGCGCCUGUCAGCAUUAAGAAGCAGGUCGGAAAGGUUGCCGUGAAAGGGGAAGGAUUCACACCGCACGUACUAACACAGGUGGAUAGGGUCCAUGGGAGUAAUAUUACGGGAAGGGGAAUCAAGGUUGGAAUCGUAGAUGAUGGAAUUGACUAUAGGCAUCCCGCUUUAGGUAGAGGAUUUGGCCAAGGUUACCUCGUUGCUCGCGGGUAUGAUCAUAUUGGUGAUGAGUAUAGCCCAUAUAGGGGAAACGACCCUGUCCCCGAUGAGGAUCCAUUCACAGAGUGCGAUGGCCACGGCACGCACGUUGCUGGCAUCAUCGCAGCCCAGGGGGUUGAAGAUGGAUUCAAGUUUCGAGGUGCUGCACCUGAUGUCGAACUCGGCAUGUACCGCGUCUUCAGUUGCGCUGGGAGUACUACGACGGACGUUGUCGCAGCUGGCAUCAACAAGGCGUUCGCUGAUGGGAACCACAUCAUCACAGCAUCGCUGGGUGCGAGGAGUGGAUGGACAGAAUCGACGCUGUCUGUUAUCGCGGAUCGGAUCGCUGCGAAGGGGGUCAUUCUAACAUUUGCCCAAGGAAACAGUGGAUCCACGGGUCCAUUCUUCCCCGAGUCUCCAGGCACAGGCGCAGAUGUAUUCGCCAUAGGCUCAACAGCAAACAGCAUUCUGCCUCGUGUCGUUAUCAAUUCAACAUUCACCUCUGAGAACGGGACAUCUAAAGUGUUUGUCUGGACGUCUGGGAGCCCUCAGAACUGGGGAAACGCAACUCUGCCCCUUUAUGUCGGGGAUGGAAAGAAUUGCGACGAGUUCACCAAUGCUGGGAACCUGACUGGAUAUGUGGUGCUGGUCAAGGGCACUAACUCUUGUGCGGACUGGUAUAAGGCUGAAUUUGCGGCGAGGAAAGGUGCGAAAUAUGCGUUUAUGUACAGAGAUGGGUCUGAAGCGACAAGUAUCCUAAGCUUUCCUGAUGAGUCUGGACUCGAGGCAAUCGGAUCGCUUCCCUUCAGUACGGCACGGGAAUGGAUUCAGUUGUCUAAGAGUGGAAAGAAGGUCAAUGUUCAAAUCACGGAUCCGAAAUACGCCGUGCAAUUUGUUGACGAGGUCCCAAACGUAGGGGGAGGUCUCAUGAGCGGUUAUAGUAGCUGGGGUCCUACGUUCGAGUUGGAUAUCAAGCCUGAGGUAUCGGCCCCUGGAGGCGUCAUCCUUUCCACUUGGCCCCGGUCUCUGGGGCGAUAUGCCGUUAUCUCUGGGACAUCGAUGGCUACUCCUUUGAUAGCGGGUAUCAUUGCGUUGAUAUUGCAGGCCCGUCCAAGCAUCACAGCUUCCGAGGUUCGCAGUUUACUCACAACCACCUCCAAGCCCCUCCACUACCUGAAUGAAUCAGGUCCGAAUAAUGAUCUGGCACCGGUCGUACAGCAAGGCGGGGGAAUAGCGCAAGCGUACGACGCCGUCCACUCAAAUGGUAUUCUCAGCAUAUCGAAGCUCAUUCUCAACGACACCGAACACUUUGUCCAGUCCCAUACUUUCACCAUCAAGAAUGUCGGAGAGAAAGAUAUCACAUACUCGCUGAGCCACGAGCCCGCGGCGACCUUCCACACCUUCAGGCCCAAAAGCAAGACGCCGUCCCUCCCAGGCAAUCUCGAAUUCGUGCCCUUCAUCGCUGACGCCUCUUUCUCCUCUAACCCCGGCUCCCUCACCGUCCACGCUGGUUCGACCGGUAACAUCACUGUAACGUUCACGCCACCACCCUCUGUCAACCCAGCUCUCACCCCCGUGUACUCCGGCUACAUCAAGUUGAACGCCUCAAAUAAUGCCGUCCUCUCCAUCCCCUACCUCGGCGUCGCCAGCCGCAUGCGCGACAUCUCAUUGUUCUCCAACCUCCACGUCACCGCCUCCACGGCCACCAACCCCACGAUCGUCUCGCCACAAGGCACCGAGUUCACCCUCCCCAUAAACCCAGACGGCAGCUGGUCAGAUCCGGGCCCCAACGUGACGGUCCGCUACUCCUUCCCCAUUUUGUACGAGGCCAGCACGUCAUUCGGCAUCCCCCUGCUCGAUCUGCACGUCUGGUCCGUCAACGUCACUGCCACCUCUCCGCCCAAUGCCUCACUUCCGCUGGUGAAGGAUUUCGGCCGCCUUUGGGGAUAUCCGACGGCGUAUAUCCCUCGCUCCGCGGAAUUGUACGACCAAUGGAACGGGACGCUAAGUGAUGGGUCGAGAGUUCCUGCAGGGAAUUACACGUUCGUUGCGAAGGCGUUGAAAAUCUUUGGGGAUAUAGGGGUGGAGGAAGAUUACGAGGUUGUGAGGACGAUUGAUUUUGGGGUUAGGUAUUUGUAG